GGGGAAUGCUGGGGCGGGGCCUGCUCCGGCUUUGGCUUCGCCAGGCGUGAGACCCAGGGAUUGCAGCAUCAGGCGGUGGCGGCGUUCGAAGGUCUCCAGAUCAGAUGGCUGAGAGGCACAGAGCACCGCGAACCCCUGUCCUUGAAGCUCCAUGACGAUGUCUACAGGCCUGCUGGAAGGAGUCAGAGCGCGUCAGGGGAAGCUUUGGGUGCCUGGGGAGGCCCAGGAGGGGCCGUGCCCAUCCUCCAGGCUGUUCCUCAAGGAGCAGAACCCAGAGCCUUGUUUCAGACCACACAUUCCAGGUUCCUGACUCAGAAGGAAGCUGCAGUGGUGUGUCCUGCAGAGGGUCCCCAGAGCAGGCCCAUUGACUGUGAGCUCAGAGUCCCAGAGACCCACAUUGUGUGUGCCCGGCUCCCUUCCCUUCCUGAUGAUGAUGUCUUCCUGGAAGAAGUCCCGCUGGUCAGAAUGAGAGCACCUCCAGACUCCCCUGCCCCGCCACGGCUCCCAGCCAGUGUCCAUGCUUCUGACUCACAACCUGGAGCUGGCUUGGGCCAAAGGCCUGGCAGGGCUACAGUUUCCCCAGAGCACCCCCUACCUGAAUGCGUAGAGAGUGCAGGGACAGAUGACUGCUGGCCCACAUGCUGUGGUUCCCCUGGGACUGCAAAUGGUGACGUCCCAACCCACGACUGCACUGGACUGCUGACGACAGACUUCCCUGCAGCUGUAGAGCGUGACUCCCUCAAACCUCUCCCAGUCGAUGCCCUGGGACCUCCAGGCAGUGACACCCAAGGGCCUCCCGAUGACACUGCCUGGGCUUGGGGCCCUGUCCAGCCUGAUUCUAAGCCGACAUGGCCAAGUCCACGCCUGGAGCAGCUGGUUCAGGAGCUUGCCAGACUGGAUCCCUCUCUGAGUGACACUCUCACAUCCUAUCCCAGCCCAGAGCCACCUCUGGAUCUGCUGGAUGGGCUGAUCCCUUUAGCUGAGGUCUGGGCUGCAAUGAGACCAGCCGGUGGCAAGGCUGGAGAGGAGGCUGCUGGUAUUUCUGAGCCAGGUUCCACCCAGGUCCUGCCAACUUCUCAGGAGGAAGCAAGGCCUGAAAAUCUUACCCCUCCCCCUGUGUCUGACCAGCCAUGUGGCCAGGGUCUGCCUGAGCCAAACUGCAGCAUCCAAGCUAAGAAAGUGGAGCUCGCGGACCUCCUGCAAAAGAUGCUGCGGAGCCUUCAGGCGGAGCAGGAGCAGCUGCAGGGGACAGCCCAGACCUGGGCCAGGCGCGGGGCUGCGCUGGAGGCUCUCCGGGAGGUGUUGGUGCGGGCGCUGCCCGCUGGAGAGCUGCGCGCCUACUGCGCCCUCCUGGCCGGCAAGGCCGCCGUCUUGGCCCAGCAGCGCAGCUUGGACGAGCGGGUCCGGCUCCUUCAGGACCAACUGGAGGCCGUCAGGAGCGGCCUAGGCCACCAACCCCCAUCUCCCAGGCCGGCCUCUUCCCACGGGAACCGUCCUCCGGAUAAACCUCCCUUCUCCCCUCUGCUUAUUUAGUUGUCAGCGGUGGCGGUGGGGAGCUUGGCCCCUGCCUUUCACUCACGAGGCCGGGGGUGACGCUGGUUUAUUCGGUGCUUUUCCCGUGGGGUGGGGGUGACCCAGCCAGGCCCUCCCAGGAUACUGCAGAGUAUUGUCAUGUGGCCUCACCCAAGCCGUGUGAUUAUGUGGUAAUUAACAUGGAUUUUACAAACUGCAGUAUUCCCCCUUUCUGUGAUGAGAGAUGGGCUUGGUCAGGGUUGGGUGGAGGGCGAUGAGACAAGUCGGAGUCUUGACUUAAGGUGCAAAACAGCCUUUUUCUCCUCUCAAUAAAAACGGAUGUGAGAAGUGUGAGGCCACCUGAGCAUGGUUUGGGGGAAGGGUUUUGUUUACUGAUUACAGACAGCCCCUUACCUGACCAGAGCAGAAGGGGGAAUUGUUGGAGGAUAUCAGGGAGGUCUGAGAAUCAGGAAGACGAGAACUAGGUUUGAAAACAGGAGGGGCCAGUAAACCCUAACUGUUCUGGUAACGUCACUACCAAAGCCAAGGCCUGACUGCCUGAGUCAGGUCUCCUUUGCUGGUUUUACCCAAGUCCCCAACCUCAGUCGUGGAAGUGGGGUACUGCCUCCCUUCAAGACUCCAUGGAUAUGGAUAAAGUCCCCCAUGUUUUCCAAUGUUUUGCUGCCUAAGAACCCCGACAAAUGCCCAAUACACUUGGAAAUUUGGGGACAUUCAUUCCAAGAGCUUUCUUCCUCUUCCAAUUAUGUUAUCAACAUUGACUUUAUCCCACUCUCCUAUGGAGACUCCCCUGGGUCAGCCAGGCUUGAGGAGGCAGCUGGGGGUGGGAGCAGAAGGUGAGGCA